AGUUACAGAGAAAUUGAGAGAGAGAGCUCUACCUACCGACAGAUUACAAGAGAAGUCAAGAGCACCGAGAACCAACCGUACAGACACACAGAGGCACCAUGAAACGCCUUUGAGAUCGCAUUAAAAAAAAAAAAAAAAGCCACUAAAAAGCAGGACUUGAGACAGUCCAGGGACAAUCUCGCACUAAUCUAGAAUUAAAGCCGUCUUUUUUUUUUUUCCUUUUUUUCCUUUUUUUUUUUUUUUUUUUUUGCAUGCGAGGGUCAUGAGUUCCUACUUUGUAAAUCCUCUCUUUUCCAAGUACAAAGGCGGUGAAUCGCUGGAGCCAACUUACUACGACUGCAGAUUUCCACAAAGUGUUAGCAGGAGCCAUGCUCUCGUGUAUGGUCCGGGCACUACUGCUCCCACCUUCCAGCACCCUUCACACCACGUCCAAGAGUUUUUCCACCACGGAACCUCGAGCAUCUCCAACUCUGGAUACCAGCAAAACCCAUGCGCCUUGGCGUGUCACGGAGACGCUUCUAAAUUCUAUGGAUAUGAAGCUCUACCGAGGCAAUCGCUUUAUGGUGCUCAGCAAGAGACGACUGUUGUACAAUAUCCUGACUGUAAAUCGUCUUCCAACAGUAACUCUAGCGAGGGACAAGGGCAUUUAAAUCAAAAUUCGUCUCCCAGUCUCAUGUUCCCAUGGAUGAGACCUCACGCUCCCGGAAGACGCAGCGGCAGACAAACUUACAGCCGGUACCAGACCCUGGAGUUAGAAAAGGAGUUCCUCUUCAACCCGUAUUUGACACGGAAGCGGCGGAUUGAGGUCUCUCACGCCCUGGGACUGACCGAGAGACAAGUGAAGAUCUGGUUCCAGAACAGGAGGAUGAAGUGGAAAAAAGAAAACAACAAAGAUAAGCUGCCAGGGGCCAGGGACGAGGAGAAAACGGAAGAAGAAGGGAAUGAAGAAGAGGAAAAAGAAGAGGAGGAAAAAGAAGAAAGCAAGGACUGAUUUCUCAGCCCCUUGAAGUCUCGUUUUAUGGCAGAUGAUAAAUCGAGAUGUUUACGACGGUCAUUUGCUUUUAUAGAGUAUAGAAUGGAGAGGCUCACACAGCAGUAACUACCUGUCAAACAGUUGUAGCCUUUUUUAUUGUCAUAGAAACUUCCCCUACUUUUUUUCCCCUCCUUUUUUUUUUUUUUUUUUUUAAAUAGCUGCGUUUUUAGUUCAAUAAAUACAUAGUUGGCUUGACUGCAACAGCAGGGGAAAAAAAAUGAUCCAGCAAAGCCAAGCAACCCCCACCCAGCAGCCCAAAGCAAGCCUGGAAGCAAAUGUCACUGCUCGCCCCUGCUCCCCCUGCCUCGCUGCACCCAGCGAUGGGUGCAGGAGAUGUAUUUAUUUGAACAGCUUUGACUUUGCCUUUUUCGCUUGGUUUUGCCCCCAGGGGAAGUGCGAGGGUGCUUCCAGCUUCCUCAGCCUGUUCGGGUAGGGGUUGGUUGGACAGAGCUUCUUUCCCCCAAGCCAUUCAUCCGCUCCCUAUUAGGUGCCGCUCCUGCAGUCCCUGCGAGAUAAGGACGGGAUAAGGACGGGCGACCCUACCUGGGAGCGCCCGCAGACACCCGCACCACUUCCAGCGGGCUCUGGCUGUAUAUAAAAAAAUGCCUUUUUCCCUAAGAUAGGCCAAAAUCCUCCCCCCCCCCCCCCUUCAUUUCUAUAGGCGCUGUUUACCCUCUGGCUGUGUGAGCACUCGAAAUUCUUCAUGUACUACCUAAAGGGAAAACCUGCAAUAAUUAUCAGAUCUAUUAUCAACAUGGGGCUUACAUAUCCUAAAUUUUACUUGCUCAGAAUUUAUUUAAGAGAGAGAGCUGUGUUUCUGCCCUGAUGCAAGCUACUAAGUAGCAUAAAAUAAUAAUAAAAAAUAAUAAAAAAAACCACCUUGUAUUGUACUUUAUCACUACCUAUAGAAGGAGUCAUGCUUUGAAAGUAUUUGUAAUGCGGUUUUAUUGUCGUUUGUUGCUGCUUAUUUUCUUGAAAAAAAAAAAUAAAAAAAAAAAUCCCAACAACUGAAACUGCCUAGUUGAGAACGCACAGUAUUGUAUUAUUUUAUUGUGCUUAUAAAGUAGUGUAGAACUAAAUUGCACUGAAUGUAUAGUUAUCUAUUUGUCUUGACUUAUCUGUUAAUGCAACAUGCUCGAAACAAAAAAAUCGUCAUUUGUUUUAUGUAAAAGCAUAGUUCUGCGUGUUCAACCUCUGAAUGUAGCAAUUUCAGCCAG